CCUCUUUAUAAUUCCUUCUCUCCCUGCGGGAAAAAAAUUUCUUGAAAAAGCCAGAACACACACAAAAAUUAGACUGUUUUAUCGGGAGGAAAAAGAUAACAGCCAUGGCUUCACAAUGGACAAUAACAAAGCUCGUCACUUGGAGAGUCAAAGAUUGGGCUUCCUGUUUCUUGGCUUGCAAGAUUCCUCUAGACGUAGAUGAAGAUGGAGCUAACAAUAACGGAAACUCUACGACCAACAAUAAUCUAAUGUUCAAGAGGGCGAAGAGAAAGAUGAAGAGUAAGAAGAAGAUAUCAGAGAGAAAACUCAGUCUAAGCCCACCAGGGACGCGUCACCAUCAUCAUCAUCUUCAUCUAAGAAGCAGCAGCGUCUCUCCGACAACGUCGGCUUCUCAGCACCGGCGGUUGAGCUGGCCGCAGCCACCGGUUUCAGACGAAGCUGGCUUCAUUGUCUUCUGCUUCGACCGCGAAGACGGAGGUUUCGAUGUUGUGAAAGAGGAGAAGAAAGAGGUGGAGUUCUCGCCGGAAAAGUCACCGAGGACGGUGAAUCGUAAGCUUAUAUAUGAAGAUGGGGUAGGAAAAACAGAAAAGAAUAACUCACCGGAGAUUAAAGGGCCAGUACGAGAUCAGGAUGGUAAGACUACAUGCCAAGAAACUGAAGAUGUCUCUGGUGAUGUUCAUGAGAAGAACAAGGAAAAACAAGAAGAAGAGGAAGAAAUUUGUGCAUCUAGCGGGUCUAAUCACUCAGAUGAAGGAAGAGGGUCUUUUGCAUUUCCCAUAUUGGGAGUUGAAUGGAUGGGAAGCCCUGUUCAGAUGCCUAAAACAGAUGAUGACUUGUCUCCCAAGAAACAAAAGCCGAUUGCUUUAGGGUUCCAAUGUUGUAGAUUCUGAAAAAGAGAGCAUUCUAGAAAUUUCUAAGACUGUUUCUAUGUAAAGAAACACUCUGAGAGGUCGGACAACACACAAUCUGGAUUUUACAUUUCUCAGUUUUUGCUGAAGAUAAGAGACAAAAGCAAAAAUUGAAAAGAAGAAACGAAAUGAAAACCAUCGGUUUCUUGAUGUGUCAAUGUUAAUGGUUACAUUACAUAUAUAUAUAUAUAUAUCUGUUCUG